GGAAGUGAGACGCUCAGAGCUGAGAGAUGAGAUCCUACGACGGUGAGAGCAGCUCGACGGAGGACGACGACAGAAGAGAGGGCCUGCCCGAGGCGCAUCUGCAGCAGGGAUCCUGGCAACGCUCCGCUUCGCACCCCACAUGGGCCUGGGAGCAUCGCACUCAUCCGCUACCACCGCAAUCCACGGGGCCGCUCGAGUCGAUGUACUCGGUCCCAGGAGCGUCUCACGCUAGCGUUUCCGCUCCGACAGCUGGCUACUCGUCAGAGCACCCUCAAACUGCACCUGGAAGGAGAACUCCAUUGGGUGCUGUAGGUCUCGGUGGUUUUUACUUCCAGCAGCAACCGCAACCCCACGCUUCGUCCAGUGCUUUGUCCGAUGAAAACAGACCUGACCCUGAAAGACCUGGAGCGUCUCGGUUGAACUGUCCCUCGAAGUCCAAAAGCACUCGUCAAGGCAAGAGCAUGCGACUGAACAUCAACGCCAGAGAGCGCAGAAGAAUGCACGACUUGAACGACGCCCUCGACGAGCUCCGAUCCGUCAUUCCGUACGCUCAUAGUCCGUCCGUGAGAAAACUGUCCAAGAUCGCCACCCUGUUGCUGGCGAAGAACUACAUUCUCAUGCAAGGUAGCUCACCGAGUCCCCGUUCAAUUACACGCUGCUGAAUUACACGUUUUACGCAGGAAACGCUUUGGAAGAACUGAGAAGAGUGAUAGCGGUUCUGCAGUCACCACACGCUCACACUACGGCCCUGCCGCCUACGCCUGUCUCCUAC